AUGUUUGUUCGUCAGGCCGCCUCGACUUUCCUGCGGCCAUCGCUCGCCGUUCCCCGUGUUGCCGCGCACUCGGCCAUUACGCCGUCGCUCGUGCGCCUGCUCUCUACCCAGACCCGUACCAAGAUCCAGAAUGCGGUCAAGGAAGACCCGCUGGUGGUCUUCAUGAAGGGCUCUCCCGAGAUGCCGCAAUGCGGUUUCUCGCGCGCUGUGCUCCAGAUCCUGCAGGUGCAGGGCGUCAAGCCCGACCUUGUGGCGACGUACAACUGCCUCGAGGACCAGGAACUGCGCGAUGGUAUCAAGGAGUUUAGCGACUGGCCUACCAUUCCCCAGGUCUACAUCAACGGCGAGUUUGUCGGUGGCUGCGAUAUCAUGCUGAACAUGCACCAGACCGGCGAGCUCGAGUCGAUGCUCCAAAAGGCCGGCCUCUUGAUUGACGCUGCCGGCGAGGACAAGCCCAAGGCCGAGUAG